CCUCAAGGUUGAAAACAUGUAAAAGGAACUUUACGCAGAUCAUUAAUGAUAAAUGGCGAAGCUAUGGUACAGGUCUGAUACAAAUCCUAAAAGAAUUUCGCUUCUUUUUGACAUAUGACUAAGGGUGUGGGUGGGUGUGGGUGUGGGUGGGCGUGGGUGUGGGUGUGUGGGUGUGGGUGAGUGUGGGUGUGGGGUGUGGGUGUGAGUUGGAUGUGGGUGUUGUUGCUCUUUUGAAUCACAUCACCCACACCCACACCCACACCCACACCCACAUAUCCACACCCACCCACACCCACACCCCACAUCCACACAUCCACACCCACCCACACCCCACACCCACACCCCACAUCCACACCACCCACAUCCACACCCAUCCACCCACACCCACACCACUCACCCACACUCACACCCACCCUGUGAUUGAUAUAACAGAGACCGAUUCUGAUAAAACAGUGAGUAAAUUAAUUCUUGCUCAUAUGUUUUCUUUUUUUGGAAUCGAUGUUUUUAGUCUUUAUUUAGCUUUUCUUAUUCUUUUACUUGCUUGAAUUCGACCAUUACCAAUCGUUGAUAAGUAAGAUGAAUUUCUUAUUAUUCAAAUAAAUGAAAAAAAAUCUUUUUAAAGAUCUCUUGAUGUUGAUCAUGGAUUGAAUGCACUUAUUCUAGCACCAAAUCGUGAAUUAGCACAAUAA